AUGGGCGUUGCUGAAGAGCUAGAACAUCUCAAGUCGCUGGUCUCUCAGCUGACAGACAAAAUAAAGCAAAUAGAGGCUGCCACGAAGGCACCGUCCACCCGCACCCCCUCUGAGCAACUCCGCACUAUCCUUGUUGGUCCCCCUGGUGCUGGCAAGGGUACUCAGGCUCCCCGGAUACGCGACGAAUUCUGUGUUUGCCAUCUGGCCACAGGAGACAUGCUUCGUGAGCAAGUGGCCCAGAAGACUCCCCUCGGACUCGCGGCAAAGAAGAUCAUGGACGCCGGUGGCCUCGUUUCCGACGAGAUUAUGGUCGGCAUGAUCAAGGACCAACUGGAAAACAACAAGGACUGCAAGAACGGCUUUGUAUUGGACGGCUUCCCCCGCACUGUUCCUCAGGCCCAGAAGCUCGACGGCAUGCUCGAAGCGCGGAAAGAAAAGCUCAACUCGGUUGUCCAGUUGCAAAUAGACGACAAGCUGCUCAUUUCGCGUAUUACUGGUCGUCUGAUCCACCCUGCCAGUGGGAGAACGUACCACCGCGAAUUCCACCCGCCAAAGAAGCCUAUGACGGACGAUGUCACCGGCGAACCUCUUGUUCAGCGGUCGGACGAUAAUGUAGACACCUUGACAAAGCGGUUGGGCACGUUCCACUCCCAGACUGGACCCGUCGUCGACUAUUAUAAGGCAAAGGGUAUUUGGCACGGGAUUGAUGCGGCACAGUCCCCGACUGUUGUUUGGGACAAUCUUCGCAAGAUUUUCGUCGGGAAACCAUAG